GUUAUGUCAAAAUCUAUCAAUUUGAAUUUAAUGUAAACAUUUUACGAAGAUUUGAACUUUUAUAAAAGUGAACAGAAAGUGUCGUAGAACAUGGAAGAUUUCGACGUAUUCACAAAUGAAAUUAACUUUACUAAACCUUUGUUCAAAAACAUAUUAAAUAAAUAUGUUAAUGAUGCGCCUCCAACUCCUAACGGGCCGAAUUAUCAAAGUGGUAGGAAACUUAUGGCGGAAGAAUGUCUAGCCAGUAAUGAUGACAUCGGCUGCGCAUUCCAUUUGAGUGAGGCAGCUUCUGCAUCAUUGAGAACCAUGGCUGUAUAUAGAGAUGAACAACUCAAGGCAGCUGGAAACAAAUUACACAAGAUCACAAGCUACAUAGAACCUGUCCAACAUGUGAUAGACGCUAAUAUUAUACCAAAGAAAGAGAAGAAGCUCAUAGAUCUACUAUCAGGUGGUACAGAUAACAUAAGCGAUGUAUUGAAAACUCUAACAAUAGAAAAGGAGGUCCCAUUCCACAAGAGAUAUCUUCAUUUCUCCAAGGAGAACAACAUUGAUAACUUUCGGAAGAUCCUGAAAGAAUUACCUAGAGAAUGGACAGUAAUCCAAUUGACUGUACCCUACAACCCCAAUGAGAACUUGAAGCCGCUACUCGAGUAUAGAACAGAGGUGGACUCCUUGUACCUGAGCAUGUUCACCAAUGACUACCUGGAGGACUCUGGGCUGGACCCCAUCACCGUGCAUAUACCUGCUAAUGUUACCAAAGAAGGAGAAAAGCCUCUGUUUACCGAGUUAUUCUCGAUAUUGGAUGAGAACUACAAAACUAUAGACAAUGCUCAGUUCUUGAACAACAAGCGCCUCGUACAGAACUAUUGGAGCCGGCGGGAGGACAUUGACCUGCGGAUGAAGAGUGUAAUAAAUGUGAUGGAUAAAGAAUGGCUGGGCGGCUGGGGGUCCUUGCUUACUGGUAAACUUAUGGACAAGACCUGGAAGGAGAAGAUCGUCAAAUUAGUUGACAGCGCUAUAUUGGAUUGGGGUUUAGUUGAUGGUAUUAAGGCGUUUUCUCAAACCGCUUCAAUAGUCAAAGAUAAUGAUGAAUGGACCGGGUUGAAGAAGGCUAAGAGGUAUCCUGUUAUUCUUAUUGUUGAUGAGAGGCUCGACACAUUUCCAUGGGAAACUCUACCCAUAUUGAACCAACACCCUGUAUGUCGAAUGGAGAACAUCCACUUUUUAUACUACCUGUAUAAGGUGCAUGAGAAAAAUAUCGUAGACGGGUACUAUGCGGCCAAGUGUGAGGUCGGAAGAUAUGUUAUAAACCCAGAGAAGAACCUCGAUCGUAUGGAGAACCGUAUGACAUCGUUCGUGGAAUACUGGUGUCCGACAUGGAAGGGCCACGUGGGAGAGGCUCCGUCUCCUGCAGACUUCAUCUCGCAUAUCAGUGAAGCUGAUGUUUUCUUAUACUGCGGACACGGCGACGGCUGCCAGCUGGCGGCGGGCGGCGCGGGCGUGGAGGCGGCGGCGGGGGCCGCGCUGGUGGUGCUGGCGGGCUGCGGGUCCGUGCGCCUGGCCGCCGCCGCGCCGCGCGCCCCGCCCGCCGCCGCGCACCAUCUGCUGCACGUCGCCGCCUGCCCGAUGGUGGUCGGAAUGCUAUGGGAGGUAACAGACCUGGAAGUGGACAAAGUGAUCAGCACGUUAGUGUCUCUGUACGUGCCGUCAGACGCGCCGGUACCCUGGCAACACGUGGGAAAGGCCAAGUGGAGUAAUCGAGUCCUAGACACAUCAGUAGAGAAUCCUGGCCAAGUAACAACGGAGCGAGAUUUGCUCCGCGCCAUAUGUAGGGCACGGGGUUCCACUUCCUACGUCAUGAUCGCUUGCAGCGUCGUCGCUAGAGGACUGCCUAUACGGCUGAGAGAAUAAUUGAUGACAUCCAGAAACAGACUGAUAUAAAUAAUGUUCAUAAUAUGCAAUUAUAAUAUUUAGUUGAAUUGUAAAAAAAAUAUUAAAUAUGAAAAUG